AUGAAUCAGGCGGAACAUUUAUUUGAAGAUAUGGCUAGGGCGUCCCCCGUAGGCGAUGCGCGAGGACAUCGCCGUACACUCGUGAGAAAUGGACAGCGGCUACCGUAUCAAGAGCGAAUACGGCUAAAGAAGUUAGCUCAAAGGAGGGGGGAGAGGGAGAAGAAAGAAAAUGAGACGAUAGGUUUGAAGAUUGGAACACUGAAUGUGGGGAGUAUGACAGCGAGGAGCCACGAACUAGUGGACCUGAUGGAGAGGAGAAAGAUAAGAAUCAUGUGCUUGCAGGAGACAAAGUGGAAGGGGAGUAAGGCCAAAGAACUUGGAAACGGAUUUAAACUGUUCUACAUAGGAGACGAUGGAAGAAAGAACGGAGUUGGAAUUGUUUUGGAUGAGGAACUCAAGAAGGGGGUACUAGAAGUGAAAAGAUCUUCAGACCGAAUCAUCUGGCUUAAGAUGGAGAUGGGUAAACUGGUGGUGAACAUCAUGAGUGUGUAUGCGGCGCAACAAGGUUGUGCAGACGAAGAGAAGGAGAAGUUUUGGGAGGAGUUGGACGAAGAAGUGAGAAAAAUUCCAGCUGAGGAGAAACUAUGGAUAGGGGGUGAUUUCAAUGGACACGUUGGUGGUGAUAACAGAGGCAGAGAAGAGACGAUGGGCAAAUUUGGUUAUGGUACUAAGAAUGAUGGUGGGGAAGAACUCGUGACAUUCGCGAUGAGGCAUAAUUUGUGGAUCGUUAACACGUUCUAUAAGAAAGCCACUAGGCACAAGAUCACCUACCAAAGUGGAGGCACUCAGUCACAAAUAGAUUACGUCCUCUGCCGCUCAAAUGACAAGAAUACGAAAGACUGUAAAGUAAUUCUUGGGGAAAGCAUCACUGGAGAGAUACAGAGAAGGUCACAAAGAGCUGCAUGGAGUAUUCAUCGAUCUGGAGAAAGCAUACGACAGGGUGCCACGGGAGGAGAUGUUGUGGUGUAUGAGAAAGAAGAACGUCCCAGAGAAGUACAUGCGUGUUGUGCAAGACAUGUACAAGGAAAGUGA